AGUUGGCUCCGUCUGCAACUGGCUCUCGGCCCGAGCUCGGCUCUCGCAGGCCCAGGAGGGGCGGUGUAACGUUGCUCCCCACGUGAUUGCAAUGAAAGCUCCUGCAGCCGAGCAGGGAAAGCAACUUGCAAGAGGUCGGAGAGCGGUGCUCGGAGCACUCUUUCAGCCGAGCCGUCUCAGCGAAGGGGAUCUGAUGUGAGACCGGGCAGAAGACGCGGGGGACUUUAAGCCCAACGCAACUUGCAAGUUUUCCUGGACUUCUUUCGGCUUUGCUUGCUGCUGCUGCUGCUGCUCUCCCCCCAUCCCCUCUUCUUUUGAUGCGCUCCUUCUUUCUUCCUUUUGUUUUGCAUGACUUUUGCCUCUGCCUGCCGCAGUUCUUCCCCAUCUCCAGGGUAACGUGCGCUCCAACAUGCCUGAGCAGAUCAGCGUCUCGGAGUUCGUGGCUGUGACUUCGGAGGAUCUCAGUUCGCCGGCCGCCUCCAGCUUUUCCUCCAAAAUGCAAAAGUGCAGGGCUGCCGUGGUGGCGCUGGAAGAGAGCUUGGACGGCGACCAAGCCAUUCUCCAGAGGAUCAAGAAAUAUGUGAAAGCCAUUCAUACCUCUGGGCUCACACAUGUGGAGAAUGAAGAGCAGUAUUCUGAAACUCUAGAAAACUUUGGAAACAACCACUUGUCUCAGAACAACCACGAGCUUUCCACAGGCUUCCUGAACCUGGCCGUCUUCACCAGGGAAGUGACGGCACUCUUCAAGAACCUGGUGCAGAACCUGAACAACAUUGUCUCCUUCCCUCUGGACAGUCUGCUGAAAGGACAGCUUAAAGAGGGCCGUCUGGAUUCCAAGAAGCAGAUUGAAAAGGCCUGGAAGGAUUACGAGGCCAAAGUAGCCAAGCUGGAGAAGGAAAAGGAGCGAGCCAAGGUCGUCUCUGGAGUCAUUCAGGCCGAGCCAUGGACGGCAGAGAUUGUCGAAGACCUGCAGAAGGAGCGCCGCACUUUCCAGCUCCAGAUGUGUGAGUACCUUCUGAAAGCCAAUGAGAGCCAAACGAAGCAUGGACCAGACUUCCUGCAGAGCCUCAUUAAGUUUUAUCAUGCACAACACAAUUUCUUCCAAGAUGGCUGGAAGGCAUCCCAGAAUCUGUACCCGUUCAUUGAGAAGCUUGCAGUCUCAUUACAUGCACUGCAUCAGGCAAAGGAAGAAGAGGUAAAGCAGCUCACACGGAUCCGAGACUCCCUCCGAGGAAUUUUGCAGCUGGAGAACAAAGGGGAAAACCUUAACAGGAAGAAUUCGGGUAGUGGGUACAGCAUCCAUCAACAUCAAGGCAAUAAGCAGUACGGGACUGAGAAGUCGGGAUUUCUGCACAAGAAAAGCGAUGGGAUUCGCAAGGUGUGGCAGAAGAGAAAAUGUGGUGUGAAGUAUGGAUAUCUCACCAUCUCGCACAGCACGAUAAACCGGCCUCCUGUCAAGCUGAACCUGUUGACCUGCCAAGUGAGGCCUCAUCUGGAAGAUAAAAAAUCCUUUGACCUUGUGACACAUAACCGGACUUAUCGCUUCCAAGCUGAGGAUGAACAGGAGUGCCUCAUAUGGGUUUCUGUGCUCCAAAACAGCAAGGACGAAGCUCUCAGCAAUGCUUUCAAAGUGGAUCCAGGAGGCUGCAUGUCUUCAGCUGGGGGCCUAGUGGAUAGUGGCUUGCAAGAACUCACCAAGUUUGUUAUCAUGGAGGUGAAGAACAUGCCGGGAAACAGGCAAUGUUGUGACUGCGGAGCCCCAGAUCCCACCUGGCUUUCCACCAACCUGGGCAUCCUUACAUGUAUAGAGUGCUCGGGAAUCCACCGCGAGCUGGGGGUUCACUAUUCCCGCAUCCAGUCCCUGACCUUAGAUGUGCUCACCACUUCGGAAUUACUGCUGGCAAUCAGCAUUGGAAAUGCUAAGUUUAAUGAAGUUAUGGAGGCCACCUUGCUGGCACAAGGCAGCCCGAAACCCUCCUCGAGCAGUGAUAUGAAUGCCCGGAAGGAAUUCAUCAUGGCAAAGUAUAUGGAGCGCAAGUACGUUCACAAAGCUGGCAAGGAGGAGCCUUACCGGCUCCGGGACGCGAUCCGCAGCGGGGAUCUCUUGGCAUUGCUCCAGGCCUUUGCUGAGGGUCAUGAUCUAACCAAACGUCUCGCCAGCCCCGAAUGCCAGGAGCAAGGUGAACUGCCCCUGCAUCUGGCUGUUCGCUGUGCCAGGAAGUCCUCCCUUCCACUAGUGGAUUUCAUUAUCCAGAAUGGGGGGAAUCUGGACAGACCCACCCCUGAUGGGAACACAGCGCUGCAUUAUGGGGCCCAGUACAAUCAACCUGACUGCCUCAAACUGCUGCUAAAAGGGAAGGCCUCUAUAACUGCAGUGAAUGCAGCCGGUGAGACUUCUCUGGAUGUGGCAAGAAAAUGCAAGAAUGCAGAAUGUGAAGAUCUGCUGGUACAGGCGCAAGAAGGGAAGCUACCUCUCCAGAUGCAUGUGGAGUAUGACUGGGAAGCCCCUCAGGAGUUCUCCUACGACAGUGAAGAUGAGCUAGAUGAGAAGGUGAGCCCGCUGCAAUGGUCUUUUGGGUCCUCACCAUCCCCAACCACAGGGCAGCCUGCGCUCUUCACUCACAACUGGCGGAGCUCCAUGGGCACGGACAUCAGCAACAAGACCUACGAGGCUGUCCUUAUCCCCUCACGGCCUGGUUUGUGCAGCUCAAGCAGCGAGGAGAUCCCUCCGCCACUGCCCAUCAAAAAGCCUAUCAGAGCAGGUGCAAAGACAAAAACAGGGCAGAACAGUACGGACCUGUCUGAGCCUCAACAAUCAGAUGUCCCAGAUGUUCCGCAUUCAUCCACUACCAGUGUCCCCAGCACCCUGGACGGUGGCAUAUCCCGGCAGCCUUCUAGUUCCCGUAAUUCUGUCGAAGUCAGAGGCACAGUCUACUGGGAAACUCGCUCAGAAAUGGAAGGUGGAUCUCAGCGGAGAAGAUCUGAACCAAAUCAGACAGCGGUUCUACCGCCCUCUCCUGGGACAUCCCCAGAUCAAGCAAACCCAGUCAAGUUUAGCUCAGAGUGCACCCGAUCCUACCGGCGUAUCAGUGGUGGAUCAGUGGGCAAAUCAUCUGGCUAUCCACAGAGCUUGGGUAGCCCAGAAGAAUUACCACCCUCCAAGGCUCCAACAGCAGGACAGACCCCUCCUCCUGUUCCAAUGCCCAGAAGGUUUGCUCCGGCCAAAGGACGACUAAAGAGGGCAAUGGCUUUGGCUGACUGCAAAGGAGACAAGGCUCGAGAACUGACUUUCUCCAAGGGGGAGGUGAUUGUGGUCACACGAGAAGAGGACGAGCAGAGUUGGGUGGGUUUCAUCGAAGGUGAUGGGACACGAACUGGGGUUUUCCCGUCUAGCUUUGUCCACCCGUUGCAAGAGUGAUUGGACUUGUGUCCUUCCUUCUCCGUGCUUCAGCUGGAGAAAUGGACCAGAAUGAGCCACUCGGAGGAUGUCUGCUGGCCCAGUCUCCUGCCCAGUUUCCUUUGGGCUGGUGGCUGUUCUCUGUCUGACGUUAUUUGUUCAAUCAGUUCGGUGGUGAUGUCACUGGGAAGAAGUAAUUGGAUCUGCCUUUUUGCUAUUUUUUGAGCUGGACGAGGAAAUCGAUGACUGAUGGACCACAAAGGGUGCAAGGUUGGGAUUUGUCUCCUCCAUCAACAUACUGGAUGACUUGAUUGUUUCCUGCCUAAAUUAGAGGUAGCAAGGUAGUAUUGUCUUGUCUGGAGGCAGAGGCCCCACUGCACAAAGCCAUAUGUCCUGGUUUGUCUGAUGUCUCCAUUGGUCUAUGGCAGAAGAAUGCCUGGUGCUUCCUGGUCCUCCACAAAAAGUGAAGUCCCAGACCCUGUAAUGCUCAGCUUGGCUGUGUAGCAAUUUAUGUUUCCAUUAUAACUACAGCAAGAAAGGGUGUGCAGUGUGGAGAAACUCUGCAAUGUACGCCGCCUUGAGUUCUAGAGAUAUGGCGGGGUAUAAAUGUAAUAGAUAAAUAAACAUGCAGGGGCAAACUGCUGGAAGAUUAGUACCCAAAGGCAGGAUUUAAAAACGGCUGCCACAUCUGUCUUUUUUAUCCCAGACUUCUGGCUCAAAUUGCCUAAUCCCAAGGGGACCUCUAUAUGUUUGCUGUGGUAACACCACCUCGUUGCAAAUUAUUCUGGAGCCUGGUAUAUGGCAUUUACUGAACUUGUUGAAACUGCCCACUGCAGGUAUAUCCUAGACCAGUG